AUGGAGCAAGUCGAGGAACAUCCAGCUGGAUACCCCCGGUUCUCUGCUCUAGUUGCCGCACAGCCGUCCUUUCAUAUAUGCCGCCGGUUUGCUAAUCUACGGGCUCGCCUCCUCCUUUUCAAGCAAGACGAACUAUCGGUGCUUGAAAAGCGGCUUGAGAAAAUCGAUAAGGAGGAGAAUUCAGACUUGUUCCUUGGGAGUCGGAGGCAUGACGUCAACCAGGAACGACAAUCCGUCAUCUCUAAUAUCAAUGCUGCUUUAGCUGAUUAUGACGCAUUCAUCGAAAGGACUCGACGAAUAUUCCGCUAUGAACCAGCGAAAUCGCGAGAUGUACAGAGUCUUCGAAACUGGCUCCGCGGGAAUGCUUGCGUAUCAAGGAGCGAGAUCGCCUAUUUACAGAAGGAGAACGAGUUGCUUUGCAUAUAUUGCACCGAAGAUAAGUCUAUAUCACAGCUGGAGGCUUGGAUUGAAGAUAAUCUCGUCCGAUUUUCAGCGGCAUUUGAUAAGCGACCAUACCCCAGUAUUUCGAGCGAUCCAAACGUAUUUAUAUAUUCAAAUCGCCUACUAGCAGCUAUGUCACAAGUCAUAUUGCUACUCAUUGUCACUUUUAUCCUGUUGGUUCCUAUGCUUAUAUGCUUGGCUGUCGAAUCCAUAACCUCACGAGCCGUAAUCGUUGCGAUUUCCACGACGUUUUUCAUCGCGACUCUCUCAACCUUGACUAGGGCAAGGUCAAUAGAGCUAUUUGUCGCAGGCUCAACGUAUGCUACCGUAUUGGUUGUAUUCAUCUCUAAUAUGGCCUAA